AUGAAGUCAUCCAUGCUGCUGCUCCUUGGAGCUGUGGCUGCCGUCAUGGCCAUGCCUGCCCCUCAUGAUUACGAAGUUCACGAACGUCGGGACUAUAUCCCCAAUUCUUGGAUCCAGAGCAAGAAGCUAGACGGUUCAACCACACUCCCCGUUCGAAUUGGGCUGACGCAGUCCAACCUGGACCGUGGGCAUGAUCUUCUCAUGGAAAUCUCCAACCCAUCUUCGAGCAGCUACGGAAGACAUAUGACGGAAGCUGAGGUGCAUGACUUCUUCGCACCCACACAGGAUACGGUCGACAGCGUGCGAUCAUGGCUGGAAUCAUCUGGCAUUGCAGUAGACCGUAUAAGCCACUCGGCCAAUAAACAGUGGUUGCAGUUCGACGCCAAUGCUGAUGAGCUGGAGAAUCUGCUCCAUGCGGAGUAUUAUCUCUACUCGCAUGCCGAGACUGGUCGAUCCCACAUUGCCUGCCGCGAGUAUCAUCUGCCUCGCUCGGUACGGGAGCACAUCGACUUCAUCACUCCUGGCAUCACACUCCGAGAGGUGACGGGUGUCUCCCAGGCUGACAAGCGUGAGCUUAACAAGCGUCGCAUCAAUGGCACACCAGCAAGUAUUUUGCCCAUCGCACAGACUCUCUUGGAGGAACUGCUCGGUGGAUUGGGUCUUUUGGAUCUCUGUGACUUGGCUGUGACUCCUGACUGCAUUCAGAAGAUGUACAACAUUCCCAAGGGGACAUCAGCGACCCCAGGCAACGAGCUGGCUAUUUUUGAAAGCAUUGCAGAUGUCUAUGCCCAGGAGGAUCUUGAUCUGUUCUUCAGUACCUUCUCAAGAAGCAUCCCAACUGGCACCCACCCCAAGCUACAGGGUGUGGACGGUGGCGCGGCCCCUACUUCCGUUGCCUCUGCUGGACCUGAAUCGGACUUGGACUUCCAGAUCUCUUAUCCGAUUAUCUGGCCCCAGAACUCCAUUCUCUUCCAGUCUGAUGACAUGGUCUACGAGAACAACUACACCUUCCAGGGAUUCCUCAACACAUUCUUGGAUUCUAUCGACGGCUCGUACUGUAGCGAGGUAUCCCCUCUGGACCCGCCAUACCCAGACCCCCAGGCAGGCGGCUACAAGGGUCCCCUGCAAUGCGGUGUCUACAACAAGCCAACCGUUCUGUCGGUCUCCUACGGUGAGGCUGAGGCUGAUCUGCCUAUUGCCUACCAGCGUCGCCAAUGCAGCGAGUUCAUGAAGCUGGGCAUGCAGGGUAUGUCCGUUGUGGUGGCUUCUGGUGAUUCUGGCGUGGCUGGUCGCGGUGGUGAUCCCACUCCUAGCAACUGCUUGGGCGAGGAUGGCAAGGUGUUUGCCCCGGAUUUCCCUGCUUCGUGCCCCUACUUGACUGCCGUGGGUGCCACCGUUAUCCCCACGGGUGCUUCGGCCGAUUCGCACCAGGAAGUCGCUGUGACUCGCUUCCCCUCCGGCGGCGGUUUCAGCAACAUCUACGAGCGACCCGACUACCAGUCGCAAGCCGUGGCCGACUACUUCUCCAAGGCGGACCCCAACUAUCCCUACUACGAGAGUGUCAACAACAACAGCUUCGGCGCGAAUGGAGGCAUUUACAACCGUAUUGGCCGUGGCUACCCCGAUGUCUCGGCUAUCGGCGAUAACGUGGUCAUUUACAACAAGCUGAUCCCCACUUCUAUUGGUGGCACCUCGGCAUCGGCUCCGGUAUUCGCGGCGAUUCUGACUCGGAUUAACGAGGAGCGACUGGCUGCCGGCAAGCCGACCGUGGGAUUCGUGAACCCGGUGCUUUAUGCCCACCCGGAGGCCUUUUACGAUGUGACCCAAGGUACCAAUGCUGGCUGCGGCACGAAUGGAUUCAGUGCUGCAGAGGGUUGGGAUCCAGUCACGGGCAUGGGAACUCCUAACUACCCAGCUUUGUUGAAGGUCUUUAUGAAUCAGUAG